UGAAUAGUGAAAUUGGAACAUAAAACGACCAUUUAUAAUUGUACGGCUAAUUUUAGACUGUAGUGAUUGGAGAUGAUGGGCAUUUGAUUGCUUGGUUGAGCCCCACAGUUCAUAACUGUACGCUCAGAAAGUUUUUCAAGACAGUCAUUUAUCCAAGAAAUAUCCAAGAUAACGCACAAGUAUUCAAAUAUUGAAAUUGCAAGGGCGACUACUUUGCGCAGUCGCACUACAACGCCAUAUUGGCCCAAAGCGAUGCAGGCUGCACAAGCGCCCAUUCUUCUUGGUAACAUCAGACAAGGGACGAAGUGGUAACGCUGCAUUGCCUACUGAUCGCUAAAGGAUUUUUCUAUUGCCCAAAUGUAGCGAGAAACAAUAAAACGAAGACAAUUUUAUAUUUUAAGGUUUACAAAAUUGGAAAUAUAUUUUCAGUAAUUGGUGAACCAUGUCCACAUGGAUUUCUACUACGGGCCUGCCAAACUUCAGUCUUCCAUCCCGGACCACGCCGAUACCACCGGCUAUCACGCCAGGACCGUCAACAAACCUUACGCGACGUCCGCCAGCUCAGCAAUCUUCCAGUCAAAUCGCUAACGACGAAUUUUCUCUGAUAUCUUCCGCCGAGAGUGUGCAAGACACCGUGAGAUCUACGGUAAGCCGGUGGCUGGACACGACCGGACUAGGCCAAGAUGCAGAAACGUCUUCCGGCAAUGCAACCGGCUACACUAGACGGACCAAUCCGAGCGUAAUGAACGCCCUGCUCAAUGCAAAUUCUAAUGUUCCUCCGCCACCAUAUCCAAGGGAUUCUGGGUCAUUUUCCGGUGGCCGAUUGUUGCAACAAAGACAAAUAAAUCCAAGUCUCUUCAACCAGAGUAACUAUACAAACGAAAGUAGGCCUCUUUUUGCAAGCGAGCAGGAAAGUAUUAAUCAUGGCGCAUGGUGGACCAAUACGAGCGCAACACAGGAUGCUACUUUUGCUGAGUUGGCUCCAGUAACUGGCUGGCAAAGUUUUUCAAGUUACCAAGCGCCUCGUGGAAGAUUCCAUCAAACGAGUUGGCAGACUCCUCUUCAGCAUCAACCUGCUUGGCAGGCGCAGCCGCAAUGGUCGGCAGCUCAAUUGGCUCAGCAGUGUCAGAUGUUUCAGCAGAUAAGCCACACAUAUAUAACGUAUCUUCAACAACAGCAAUUAGUGCAACAUCAUAUGCAGCAUCAUCAAAUAGGUGCAUCCAGUUUUCCCUCGUCGCCAACAUCUUCACAGCCAGCUGGGGGCAGUUAUCUAACAUACAUGCAGCAGCAGCAAACGCAGCAGAUUCAAAUACAACAGCAAGUUCAACAGGGCCCGGUAACUUUCUCACCGUCCUCCACGUCAGUUUCACAUACUAACAGCGUGUUUCAACCAACAACACAGCAUCCGGAGCAGGUCCAAUUUACGCAGCAGAACUCAGGGGCGUCGUUCAGUUUCGAUUGGAAUCAGAGCCAAUCUCAGUCUAGGGACAGCCUCGAACAUCAUGCUGAUUUAGCCCCCUCCAUGGAUCGUUUAAGCAAGGCAGCAAGGGUCAGAGGGCAAACACCGUCUGACCAUCGUGAGAUAGAUACGGCAGUUCCUGCGCCAAGUGAAUUUAUAUUAACCUUACCUCCUCCCAAGCUUGAAACUCAGGAUGUAGGUACUGACAACAGGUACACAACUUUCAAAUCCGAUGCAACAAACUGUACCGAUAUGGGCUUGGGGGAUUUACUCCAACAUUCUACACCGUCUGCAGGUGGUACAAGUGUUAGGAAUCAGACUCCUCCUCCUACAGUCGAUGAAUUGACACCUACAUUGGAUAUUAGAAAAAAGGAAAUACUGGUAUCGCCGGGUGAGCCCCAACAUCAAAAUUCCUUUUUUAAUAGCUCCAACAACGUACAACAUGGCAGCAGUCAGAACAAAUUGAACACUUUUUCCAGCAGCACAAACAGAUCUUGGCAAAACGAGUCACAGCAACUCCGGCUCUCUUCUUUUUCGAGUCUAAACAAAAUUAAGCUAGAAAACCCACAUCAUUUGCAGUUUUCACAAUUGGAUAGCAGUCAAAUAAAGCAAGAAAGUUCACACCACUUGCAUCUGUCACCUUAUCAAAACAGCAGUAGGAAUGCUCAACAGUUGCGCAAAUUUCAAGGAUAUCAACAAGAUCUACCGUAUCAAAGCGGCCAAAAUUCGUAUUUCAUCAGGAACGCUCACAAGCGGCCCGCCCUGUUGCCCAAUCCUCCAGUCGAGCAGAGGGUCGAUUUCGUCUCCCUUGAAAACGCCAACCUAAGCGUGCCGCCACCCCAGCUUUUGAUCCCUCUACCAGGGAUGCAGUAUCCUGCGGUGCCGACGAGAGGGCGGACGCCCGCGAAAAGGGGACGCGGCAGCAGGGGUGGCCGCGGAAGAAAUACAUCCAGAGUCGUCGACACCAUCGUUAUCGAUAGUGACGACGACAAAAGCCCACCGAAAAAAGGAAAAGGGUCGAGAGGAAGAUACUCCAAAAGACAAAUCCGAGACUCCCAGUCCAAUUUAAGGGGACACAACUAUGUAUAUUACACUGAUAAGAAUUUCACCCGGCCUAAUCCACCCAGUUAUCAGGAGGCAACUCGGCGAAGCUCUGCUUACAUGCAAAAUGAAACACCAGAUUACCUUAAACUUUUAUCAGCAGCUCCUCCCGAAGAAAGCAUGGCUGCAAGAAGUGGUACAAACACGGCUGAUUUCUUUAAAUUUGGAAGACUAGGAUCAAGUUUGGAUUAUAAGGACUCCAAGCCAAGCAGAGGGCGGCUGAACAGGACAAGAGGUGCGUUUCGUCUACAAAUGGAAGCAAGAUCAAAUAUAAAUAUAGAACCGCAGUUUUCCGGGUCAACAAUAACUCCGGGGAUUCCAACUUUUAGCUCAAACUUAAUUGAAAUUCCUACACAACACUCGGAGUCGAGUUCGAGUUCUAACGUCCCAAGCGGCCGAAGAGGAUCUUGUGAAAAACUAUUGAAUAUGGAUAAAAUCAAACAUGAGGAACUGCUACCUUCAGACAAAAUAAAACAAGAAAAGAUGUUGUCAAUUAAAGAAAUUAAGAAAGAAAAUGUUCUGUCAGCGGACAAGAAGCUAGAGAAAUUAUUGGAUACGUUCUUUAUAAAAAGAGAAGUCACUUCACCUACGGAGAUGAACCUAGUAGAACAGAUAAAUACCGACUUACCCGAAUUAAGAGAAAUGACCGACUUGCACACCCUUGAUUUAAACACCCAGACUUCUCGUAAACAAAUUGACCAUGGAUGCUCGUCUUCAAGUUUAAGAUUUCUACCUAUUAAAAUAAAAGUGGAGCCUCAAAGCGACUUUGACUCCGCUCUCAACCAGUGGUUCAUCGACAACCAAGUGGCCAGUCCAAAACAACCAGAAAGUGAACGGGAAGACCAGGACAAAACGCCAAAAUGGGACAUCGACUGAAAUCGUGAUGAAGGUUUCGGUUGCAUCACUAAAUCGUAAAGUUCCUAAGAUUUGUUGUCGCAUUAUUAUUAUUAUUGCUACAGUUGUAAAAGGUAUACUAUAAGAUCUAAACAAGAAGGGCGAUUACAUAAACCAGUUUGCUUGUAUGCUUUGAGUUAAUUUUUAUAUAUUUAUAAGUAAAUAUUACAUAAAGGUAUAGUUUUGUACCUUUCAAUUUGGUUUAAUUAAAUAUUACAUACUUAUAGUUUUUGUGAUGUUAUAUUUAUAUUUUAUACAAUAGCUUUUGAUAUGAUGGUGACCAUUUAUAUACUACCAUACAUAGCAUUUUAUAAUAUUUUAUUGUCAAUUAUAUAUUAUUUCCUAUUAU